AUGCAAAAUCACCCCGUCGCUUUCAGUUUCAUGACUCAUCGAGUCGCUAAGGACGCUGUACGCUUUUACGACUACUCUGUAACUGCCAGUGGUGUACAUUUCUCAGGUGAGAGAAAAAAUUGACUUGUUUUUGUGGCUAGAUUGUUAUGUAGAACGCAUCUUGCAUCUCCGCUUACAGUUAAACACUCAUGUUACAAAGACAAACUGUCAGAAUGAAACAGGGAUAUCGUACUCGACAAUUUGCUUUCGGAAAUCUGAGACAUAACAUUCAUAGGCGUAGAAUGAAACAGAAUGGAAACUUUACGAGCCGUACGAAAAUCCGUGAAGAACCAAAAUAAGAUCAAAUAAGUGAAAUUUGAGAACCCUCGUACAUAGCGGCAGCAUUAGUGACACAUAGCGGCAGCAUUAACUAAAUAUGAAAAUAGCACCAUAGCAACGUCGCAGCGGAAAAAUCUUGAUCGAGUUUUACUUCUGAAAUAGAGCUAAAAUAAAGGGGGAAACUUAGUAAUUCCUUUUCACUGGCAAUAACAAAACAUCUUAGCGAGGUUCAGAACAAGUGAAUUUGUGUCACUGUCAAUUUGAUUAAAUUUUGUGUCUUCCUGUCGGGUGUUACUAACUAUGAAUCAGUAGACCGCGGAACCUCCGCAACCUGCGGAAUCCUAUUUUUUUUUCAUAGAAAAUUAAUGAAAUAAAAUAGAACUAAGAAGACCUCAACACUGUUUGAAGGUUAGUUUUCGGUCUAAAGAAGAUGACUUUAAAGGAGAUAUAUGUUUUAAUUGUCUUUGACGUCCAACAUUAACCCUACAAGCGUAUGUAAUGUCAUAAGGAUCAAUCAGCAUUAACCAAUCCUUGUCUGUUAAUGAUGGAACCAUAAUUUUGAAAGUUCAAACGGUUUGCGAUAUCCGAAUAACGCUUCAUCAGAAGGCUAGAAUUGGUGGUCUUUAAUUCCAUUUUAUUGUAAAAUGACCCUGGAAUGAGGAACACGAGUGUAAAGUAACAUCGUCGCAUAUGAUGCAUCGUUACUGCUUAACUUGUUGUCAUAUUGUUUUCUGUGUGGAUUUCGUUUACGCAUAAAUUACCUGCGAGUGUUUUUACGUUUCAUCUGUUGUAUCGCGAAGAAUUUCUGGGUAGCCGGAGCGAAUAUGCAGAGUUUUGCUCCUAGUGGAUUCGUUUGAUUGGCUUUUCUCACAGGCGUAUCUUGGAAAUAAUCACCUGGAGGAAAAGCAGAUGAACUAAAACCGAGCUGUUUCACACUUGUUCCUUCUUUACAAGCUACUCAUUCAUCAAAAAAAUGGUGGUCAAACCAUUUUGUUAGCUCAUAGUUGAUAGUUGAUCUGUUGCCAGUUUAGAGUUGGCUGAAAUCAGCGAUUAGAUAUAGUGAAUGGGGAAACGAGAAAGAUCAAAGUGACGCUAUGAUUAACUCGCUCGUGGAUAAACUGUGCAGAUGAGAAUUUAGAAUAAACAGUGACUUAAAACCAGUGACCCUGUGAUUCCAAUGAACAGAAUUGGGCUUCUGGAAACUAAAAAGACUUUGGGUAGCUGGUGGAUUAGUAUUCAAGAUGAAGAAACUAAAGAAUUGAUGUUCCCACAGCUAUAUUAAUUUUGCUAUAUUGUUUAUACUUCUGCUGUAAAGAAAGCAUUAUUUUAUGGCAAUUAUGAUAGCAAUGUAAAGAUUUUGCAUCACUGGUUCCUACUUUCUGCACAUCCACGGAUAAAAACGGAAGAGAUUUCAUUGUUGGCGGGACAAAACAGCGAAAACAGCUAGGCUGUCAUCUGUUGAGAACGACAAAUUCAUAAAAUCUUUAAAGGGAGAUAUACCUUUAGAAGUAGGACCAAAUAGAGAGUUGUAUCUAGUAUUAUUAGUUGGACUAAGUGCAUUUCACUAUUCUAAUUUAUGAAAAAAAAAAAAAAAAAAAAAAAAAAAAAAAAAAAAAAGAAAUGAAGAGUUUGCACGUCAUCUUGUCCAAUACUUCUUAUUUAGGUAUGGAAGUAUUCCAAAAAAAUGUCUAUCUACUUAGCAAAGAGGAAUCAAAGACAUUGACCCUAUCAGAAAUUGCAGAAUUGAGGAAAGGAAAACAGUACCAAAGUCGCGUGAAAUUUUUCCAAGACAUGAAAGAUGAUGAUGUGAGAAACUUGCUUGAAAACAAGUUCUCCCCUAUCUUGUCAAAUAAAAGGUAAAUGCAGACUGUGUGGUAAGUACUUCAUAACGUACUAUGGUAAUGAUACUCAUUAGUAAACCAGCGCAGAACGAUUCACAUGACUUUGAUUUAUAAAGAAAUUUGAAGAAUCACUUUUGCGUGUAUGCAAACCAAACCUCUUUAACUUUUUUUUUCUUAUUAUUAUUUAGGUUUUCGUGUGCAACACGAGACGGACAGACUAGCGCUCGAUUAAAUUUUCAUGGUGAACACCGUGUUUGGGAUGGACGAACGAUUAAAAGAAAAGUACAAGGCGGGUCGGCCUUGUAUUUAGUCCUGGAGGACGAGGUACACAAGAUAUAUAAAACAAUCAUAACACCGUUCAGUUUUGAAGCUUAUUAUACCCUCGAUACUUCUGGAUUUAGUAUCUUUUCGUUUUCGUUACUUUCUGGUAUGCCCCUCUGCGCUAAGCCAUUCGUAAAAUGUAGGAACAUAUAUGAUUUUCUUAAUCAAGACUGAAAAGUUGUCUCCAGAUAGUGAAUGAUAAAGAAUAAAUUUUCAACGGAAACAUUGGUGAUUGGUGUGACAAAAUUGUUCGCAAAGACCAAUGGUAACAUGUCAUUUUUUCAACUACUGGCAAUUUCCAAAACUCUAUGAAAAGUUAGAUUACAUUCCUGAAUGCUCAUAAAGAUGCAUUUAUUAACGCCAAAAUUGAAUGGUUUCGAAUAAAAAAUGAAAUAAUUUUUUCAACAAUAUUUCCAUAUUUCAAAAUCAGCCGGUCUUCAACUCGGUGUCACCUGCAAGAGGAACUCCUUCAUCUUUACAAGGUACACAAGGACGACUUUUUCUUCAAUUUUUGUCUUCUCUGGUUGUUACCAAACUCUUUCUUUCAAACCUGAAACUUGCAUGUAAAGCAUAAAUUCAUUUUCAUAUCAGGUCAUUUGUCGUCCACCAGCUUCUACCACAACUCUAAAAAUGGCCAGACUGUAAGUGAUCUUUUAAAUGAUAACGCACGCAGUGAACCUACCAUUUAUUUUCCCACAUGUGUUCAACAAUGAAUUUUCCUUGUAAAUAAGCAAAAUUACAGUAUCCCUAUUUAGGGCAGAGACGCCAUUUAUACGGUCCCACUGGUGCUUUUUACUGGUGUUUUGGAAUCAGAACUUGAAUCACAAGAUUCAUAACUCCACUAAGCUGCAGGGGUUUAAGUCAUUACUUUGAUUAAAGAAAUUUCUGUUUAUUUAAGGUGUCAUGGACACAAACACCUCAAUCCGCUACAACAGUUACAUCUUUGAAAACAACUAACUCAACAGGCAAGUUGAUUUUUUAACUUGUAUUUUCUCUUACAUCAUGAUAGGUAUGGGUCCAUUGAUUUUCUUCUCAUUCGAUACAAAUAUUUAAAGUGAAAAAUUACAAAACAUAUGAUCAUGUUUUGUAAAUUUCUUCGCCACACGUGUCAUAAGAUAACGGAAUAAUGGAUUGAAAAUUGGUUGAUCGGCGUAUGUAAGAAUCUAAUUGACUAAAUUUCCUUCAGUUAGGAAAGAAGCGAUUUGAAUAACAUCUGAAUGUCAUAUAGGUCAAGGUGCAAGCAAAAUCACUGAUUAAGUUUUAUUUUCAACCAUCCUGAUGUGUUAAGGCAUUUGCAAAGUACCGAAGUCCGGAGCAGGAGCUUGAAAGCUCCCUGUUUUACCAACUUUAAAUGAUCGUCUUAACUGUAUUGCGUUGAUUUUGAGAAUUAUUGUGCUAGUCAUGGUAUUUAGGAUAAUUUAGUUGCGAAGACAAGCAUUUCUCUUAUCCUGAGGUAAGAUUAUAUGAAAGUAAAAAACGAUUAUAACAUAGCUAGUAACUUUGUCUAAUCAAAUUCAAUUGCGCGAGCAUGCUUCAUAUUCCUAUUGUGCACGCUCAUGAUGUCAGCAAACAAAUCCCUCGAGAAAAAAAAAUUUUCCUUCGGGUUGAAAAUGCUAUAAAACAAUUGGUUCAUACGUCAUUUGUGCGUUCAUCGAGAUAUGAAGCACUUGGGAAGUUUGGAGAGCACUCAAGUAGCUAUGCAUCUUUCGUGCUCUCCAAACUUCCCGCGUGCUUCACAUCUCGAUGAACGCACGCUAACAUAUGAACCAAUUGUUAAAUGUUCACUAAUUGUUUAACUCUCAAAUGAAUUAAGCUUCUUGUGGCCGAAUUGUAGAGAGAUGGUUGACAUUUUCCUGUCAAUUAAUUACUUUAAAAUGAAUCGUCAAAAUUAGUCAGAUAAUAUUUUUUAAGUUUGCUUCUCCUUUUGUUGUAAUUGUGUUAACUCUUUGAAACUUGAUAAUUCUUUAGAAAACGCUGUGGAAACGACGCAAUGGGAACGCGAUAUGAAUACAAAUAAUCCUGGGUGGCUUGUAAGUGAAUUCUGUUAUCAUGUUCAAGUUUGUUUUUAUACUAGGAAUUUCAUUCAAUGAGAGAAAGAAUAUAAUGGAAAAUAGUGAAAGAUAAUCUAUCAGAGAUAAUCAUCCAGCACUCCCGUUACUCUCUCCUAACCCAGUUCAAAUAUAAUGCAGCAGUCCUUCUUCAGGAGACACCUUCACUGCAUACUACUCUUGGUUGGAAAAGGGGGGUCCUGAGUAAAUUUUAGCGGAUAUUUUUUAAUUAAAAAAAAAAUUCUGAAUUGAGUAAAAGUAGACCACUGCUCAUUCUAUUCGUAAGCUAGACCACAGAAUCGAGAACGAUUUCAACAGAGUAAAAACCAGUGGUCGAUCUUGAAUCAGAAAUAGACAGCAAUUAACCUGGCUCCAGGUUUUUGUUACAAAAAUUACCAUGUUACUUCAAUCAAAAUUUUUCAAAUAUUUGCAGAAAUCGCGAUAAUGACUAUCAACGCCCAAGUCUGACUUUUCUUUUCAGUGGUUAGUGUAGCAUAAUUUAAGGAAACGCCAUUCUUGUUUUUUAAUGCCGUUGAUUCAAGCACUUAAUUCUAUUAUUUUUUUCUCUGUUUAAUAUGUAGGGUGAUAACCUGAACGCUCCCAACUCGCCAGGUAAUUCUGCUUUUCAUAUGUCAUGUUAUAACUCUUCGGCUUGGUGCGAUGUUGGUUAGUUCAGAUUUUCUGUUAGAAAUUUUAGUCGCCGGAGAGUAGAGUGAAGUAGUGAAAGGACAUUAUCCACGUCGUGGAAACAAGAAACUCGAGCUAUCGAAAUUUAGCCGAAGAAUUUAAGAGCAUCCUUUAGUCUACCAAAAUUAGACUAUUGACACAGCAAUCAUAAACGUACGGCAUUUCAAUUCAUUUCAAGACAUCCAUUUGGAGAGUCUCGAGGCCGCUUUAACAGUUGAAACGAAAUCAGGGACCUCAAUGUUGACCAAUAGAAAUCAAGAACAGAAUGAGGUAACAUUUUCAAUUAAAUAA